UGUAAACAGGAAUCGUUCCCAUGGGAGUGACACUGGCUAUAAAUACAGCACCAGGGGAGUGCUGAGCAGCCUGCAGCUUCCUGCCAGCUGAGGAUGUGCCUGGCCCCAUAGCCCUGCCCCAGGAGGAGAUGGCCAUGGAAAAGCCAGUGAUUCCCACUGAGGAGCAGCUGGAGAUCCUGGAACACCACUUCUGCAAGGUGAAUAAGCAUCCUGACCCCACCACACUGUGCCUCAUCGCUGCUGAGACCGGGCUCUCCGAGGAGCAGACUCUGAAAUGGUUCAAGCAGCGCCUGGCGGAGUGGAGGAAGUCUGAAGGGCUGCCCUCAGAAAGCGGCUCUGUCAGGGACUAGAGGAUGCUGCUGCAAUCCCCUUGCCUCUUAUAAAGGAUGGUGAAGCUCUUCAGUGGGUUUCCUUGGGGUUCUUCUGUUGCAAUAGGUUUUGUGAUACAAAGUAAUACUCUGCUAUUUAACAUAAAUCUUAUUUAACAUGUACAUAACCAGAAAAAACCCACUAUAUAGAAAUAUAUAUAUAUACACACAUGUGUGUGUAUACAGCUUUUGAUGGCUGAUAACCUAUCUUGUGAUUUCAAGUCAUUAACAGCAGCUGCACAAGAAAAGGCAAUUUCAUGCCCUUGUUCCAGGCUUGCAGAAAUUUUGCCAUGAUAUAUGUUCAAAUAUAGAAGGAAGAAAUAAAGAUUCCUUUUCCUUACAA